AUGAAAGGAGGAGGGUUUUACAAAGGGACGAGCACAGAACAGACUCCUUUCUUUGGGGAUAAGGAAAAAAAAUUGAUGGAAAAACUCGUAUGGCCAGAAAUAUACAAUUACAAAAUAGAUGUAACCAAAAUUAAUUUUAAUGUAGUAGAAAAAUGGAUAAACAAAAAGCUAAUAGAAAUCUUAGGUUUUGAAGAUGAUAUCUUAUAUGAGUAUUGCAUAUCACAGUUAAAAUAUGCCAAGGAGAAAAAAGAUGAUGAAGAACAGAAUUAUUUAAAUGCAAAAAAGCUAAAAAUUAACUUGACUGGAUUUAUAGGUAAUAAGAAAAGUGAAAUAUUCGUUAGGGAACUAUUAGAAUUGUUAAUAUCUAAUGAAAGAAAUGAAGAAAAACUUUUAAGCUCAUUAAUGGAAAACAGGAAAAAUGAAAUGGAACAGGCGAAAAAUCAAAAUGAACUCAUAAAUGAAAAUAUAAAAAAUAUUAAAAGCAUAUAUGCAGAAAAUAAACAGGGUGAACGGAACGACCAAGGAGGGGAUGAUAACCCUAUCAGUGUAAGGAACAAACAACAAGAGAAAAAAGAAGAACAACAAGAACAAGAAACGGGUAAAUACUCUUCAGAGCAAAGUGAUAGUAAUAGUUAUAAUAAAAAAAGAAAAGAAGGGGGAAAAAAUAAAAUAAAAACAAAUGAGCAUUCGAAUUCAUCAGAUCAGUCAGUAUUACAGGAUGAGCACUCAGAAAAUGAUAAAAAUUACUAUAUGAAGAAAAUUAGAAAUAACACAAAUAAAGAUAGAAAUAAAAAAGGUACGAGUAAACAUUCGUCCAUUUCGUCCAGUGAUCAGAGUUGUUAUUAUAGCGCAUCAUUAGGUAGUCAAACAUCGGAAUAUAAAGAAAAAAAAAAAAAAAAAAAAAAGGAACAUAAUGAAAGCAACGAAAGGGGGAGCAGUGACAGGUAUGGUAGGAAGUACGAGAUGGGAAGAGAAAGGGAUGGGGGUAAAUAUAGACAUAGGAGUAGGUCAAGGGAAAGAAAAAAGCAUAGGAGUAGGGAUAGAGAUAGAGAUAGAGAAAGAGAUAGAGAAAGAGAUAGACAUAAUAGGGAUAGGGAAAGAGAAACACACAGGGAUAAAGAAAGAGAUAGACAUAGACAUAUGGACAGAGAAAGGCAUCGGGAUAGACAUAGAAGUAGGAAUGGGGAUUGGAAAAGAGAGAGAAGAAGGGAAUCAAAAGAAAUGCAUGCUGAUGAAAUGAAGUCAAGAAGUGCAUCAUUUAAUAAUGAAAGAAAUUAUAAAGUGAAACAAAAAAACAAAUAUGAAAAACGACGUGACAGAAAAGAGAAUAGUUUAACCAAUUCGAUUGAAAGAAGUAGUAAUCCUUUGUCUAAUUCAUCUACAUCAUCAAUCAUUGUUAAAAGGAAAAGAAGGAAAGAGAGAGUCAUCACAAAUAGUAGAAGUAAUAGACACUGCAGAAGAGAAAUUGAGAAGGAGGACGGUUCAUUGAAAUUACACAAAGAGAAUAAAAUAAAAGAAAUAGACAGCAUAAUGCAGAAAAAGAGUUAUAAACAUUUCAAAAAGAAAUUAAGAGCUUGGUCGUCGUCAGAAAGCGAAAAGGGCGAAGAGGAUUAG